AUGACUGGGAAGCCCAUACUUCACUACUUCAAUGGAAGAGGAAGAAUGGAAUCCAUUCGGUGGCUCUUGGCUGCAGCUGGAGUGGAGUUUGAAGAAGAACUUUUUGAAACCCGUGAAGAAUUUGAGAAGUUAAUCCGAGGUGGAGCCCUGAUGUAUGAACAAGUGCCCAUGGUUGAAAUUGAUGGAAUGAAUUUGGUGCAAACGAGAGCCAUCUUAAGAUACAUAGCUGCAAAGUAUGACUUGUAUGGAAGAAACCUGCAAGAACAGGCCUGGAUUGAUAUGUAUGUAGAAGGCUUGAGGGACCUGAGUGAUAUGAUUAUGUACUUUCCACUCUCUCUGAGGGAAGAGAAGGAGAUAAAUCUUGAAUACAUCCUCCAACGAGCCACGACAAGAUUCUUCCCUGUUUAUGAGAAGGCCCUAAGAGACAACCGGCAAGAUUUCCUUGUGGGCAAUCGGCUGAGCUGGGCAGAUGUGCAGCUCCUCGAAGUCAUCUUAAUGGUUGAAGAGUGCAAGGCCAAUGCUCUUGCAGGCUUCCCUCUGCUACAGGAAUUCAAGGUCAGAACCUGCCAAAUCCCUACAAUUAACAGAUUUCUCCAACCUGGAAGCCAGAGGAAGCCUCCAUUGGAAGAUGAAUCCAUUGGGACUGCAAAGAACAUAUUCAAAUUUGAACAAGGCCUGUUUCUUAAAAACAUGAGCACUAUAGUAGCUGAGUAUUAA